GCCACGGCCGCAGCGGGAGCGCUGUCCCAGGAGUAGCCCGGGGGAGACAGGGGGGCUCGGAGAAAGUGGACUCACAUCCGCUCCCCCUUCUCCCCCAUCCCUACCAUGGGCUUUGCCCUGGAGCGCUUCUCCGAAGCCGUGGACCCGGAUCUCGAGUGCAAGCUGUGCGGCCAGGUGCUGGAGGAGCCCCUGUGCACGCCGUGCGGGCACGUCUUCUGCGCCCGCUGCCUGCUGCCCUGGGCGGCGCGGCGGCGCCGGUGCCCGCUGCAGUGCCAGCCCCUGGCGCCCGGCGAGCUGUACCGGGUGCUGCCUCUGCGCAGCCUCAUCCAGAAGCUGCGCAUCCAGUGCGACUACCGCGCCCGCGGCUGCGACCACUCGGUCCGGCUGCGCGAGCUGGCCGCGCACGUCGAGCGCUGCGACUUCGGCCCUACCCGCCGCCACCACCGCCGCCGGGGCUGCGGCUCGGGGCCCGGCUGCCGCGGCGGUGGGAACGUGCCCGCGCGGGGUCGAGGCGGACCGGCGCCCGGGGCCGACCGGGGCGGGGGCGCGCGCGGGGCGCCGCCGGGCGGUCGCUGCGGGAGCGGACAGGGGCCCGGGCCCCAAGUCCUUGCCUGGAGGCGGCGCGAGAAGGCGCUGCUAGCGCAGCUCUGGGCGCUGCAGGGCGCCGUGCAGCUCACCGUCCGCAGGUACCAGGAGAAGUUCACCCAGUACAUGGCUCACGUCCGCAACUUCGCCGGGGACCUGGGCGGCGGCCACAGCCCGGAUGGAGAACAUAAGCCAUUCACCAUUGUGUUAGAAAGAGAAAAUGACACGUUGGGAUUCAAUAUUAUAGGAGGUCGACCAAAUCGGAAUAAUCAAGAAGAAACAUCAGCAGAAGGAAUUUAUGUUUCAAAAAUUUUGGAAAAUGGACCUGCUGACAGAGCAGAUGGCCUGGAGAUUCAUGACAAGAUCAUUGAGGUCAAUGGGAAGGAUCUCUCAAAGGCCACCCAUGAAGAGGCAGUGGAAGCUUUUCGGAAUGCCAAGGAGCCCAUUGUGGUCCAGGUGUUAAGGCGAACGCCUCUCAGUAAACCAGCCUAUGGAGCAGCCCCAGAAGUGCAGCUCAUGAAUGCCAGUACUCAGACGGACAUCACAUUUGAACACAUCAUAGCCCUGACCAAACUGAGGCCACCUACCCCUCCAGUGCCAGAUAUCUGUCCAUUUCUGCUCUCAGACAGCUGCCAUUCUCUUCAUCCGAUGGAACAUGAAUUUUAUGAGGACAAUGAGUAUCUUUCCAGCUUGCCUGCUGAUGCGGACAGAACAGAGGACUUUGAAUACGAGGAGGUCGAGUUGUGUCGUGUUAGCAGUCAAGAGAAGCUGGGCCUGACAGUCUGUUACCGAACGGAUGAUGAAGAAGACACCGGCAUUUAUGUCAGCGAGGUAGAUCCAAAUAGCAUUGCUGCCAAAGAUGGCCGAAUUCGAGAAGGAGAUCGCAUUUUGCAAAUAAAUGGGGAAGAUGUCCAGAAUCGAGGAGAAGCAGUGGCAUUGCUGUCUAGCGAUGAGUGCAAGAGAAUUGUGCUGCUGGUUGCAAGGCCAGAGAUUCAGCUGGAUGAAGGCUGGCUGGAAGAUGAAAGGAAUGAAUUCUUAGAGGAGUUAAACUUGGAGAUGUUGGAAGAACAGCAUAAUGAAGCAAUGCAACGCACUGCCAAUGAGGUGGAGCAGCCAAAGAAACAAGAAGAAGAAGAAGGUACGACAGACACAGCAACAUCCUCAUCCAACAACCAUGAGAAGGACAGUGGAGUGGGGCGCACCGACGAAAGCUUGCGAAAUGAUGAGAGCUCGGAGCAGGAGAACGCAGCUGAGGAUCCCAACAGCACGUCUUUGAAGAGCAAGAGAGAGCUGGGGCACAGCCAAGACACUCUAGGAAGCGUUGAGCUUCGGUGCAAUGAGAGCUUCGUGUCUGGUGAAUACAUUGACUCAGACUGCACUGGCAACCAGGAUGAGGAGUGUGAAAGGUUCCGGCAGCUCUUGGAGCUCAAGUGCAAGAUUCGAAACCAUGGAGAGUAUGACCUGUAUUACUCGAGCAGCACAAUAGAAUGCAAUCAAGGGGAACAAGAGGGAGUGGAGCAUGAGCUACAGUUGCUUAAUGAAGAACUAAGAAAUAUUGAACUCGAGUGCCAGAAUAUCAUGCAGGCUCACAGGCUCCAGAAAGUGACAGACCGGUAUGGAGACAUCUGGGCACUGCAUGAUGGAGGAUUCCGAAAUUAUAACACCAGCAUAGACAUGCAAAGGGGAAAGCUAGAUGACAUCAUCGAACACCCAGAAAAGUCAGACAAGGACAGUUCUAGUGCUUACAACACAGCUGAAAGCUGCAGAAGCACUCCGCUCACUGUGGACCGUUCCCCUGACAGUUCCCUUCCAAGAAUGAUCAACCUCACCAAUAAGAAAAACCUGAGAAGCACAAUGGCAGCCAGUCAGUCCUCCUCUGGACAGAGCAGUAAAGAGUCGACCUCCACCAAAGCCAAAACCACUGAACAAGUUUGCGGCAUUGAAGGCAAGGAGAAGAUUUCAGAAAGCAACAAGAUUUCUGAUCAAGAGAAGGCAGGCAGCGAACACAUCCCUUACCUCUCUCCUUAUCACAGCUCCUCAUAUAGAUAUGCCAACAUCCCAGCCCACGCCCGGCAUUAUCAGAGCUACAUGCAGUUAAUUCAACAGAAAUCUGCUGUCGAGUAUGCACAGAGUCAGCUCAGUUUGGUGAGCAUGUGCAAGGAGUCUCAGAAGUGUUCAGAGCCCAAGAUGGAAUGGAAGGUGAAAAUUAGGAGCGACGGGACACGGUACAUAACAAAGAGACCAGUGCGAGACCGGAUUCUGAAGGAACGUGCCUUAAAGAUCAAGGAGGAGCGGAGUGGUAUGACGACAGACGAUGACACCAUGAGCGAGAUGAAAAUGGGGCGCUACUGGAGCAAAGAGGAGAGAAAGCAACACCUGGUUCGGGCCAAAGAGCAGCGUCGGCGCCGAGAGUUCAUGAUGCGGAGCCGGUUAGAGUGUCUUAAGGAGAGUCCUCAGAGCGGCAGUGAGGGCAAGAAGGAGAUCAACAUCAUUGAACUGAGUCACAAAAAGAUGAUGAAAAAGAGAAACAAGAAAAUUUUGGACAACUGGAUGACAAUCCAAGAACUGAUGACCCAUGGAGCCAAGUCUCCUGAUGGCACACGAGUUCAUAAUGCCUUUUUGUCAGUCACCACCGUAUGACCGAAUGAAUGGAAUGCAACUGAUUUUAAGAGGGUGCUACCAGUUUGGGUAGAGUAUGAUUGCCUCGUUCAAUGUGGCGUUUUUAUAUAUAUUUUGUGACUCUUUAUAGUUUAAAUUUUUUGUAAGCAAAAAUACCUGGUAAUUUUUCAUUUGUUUUUCAUAUCCUGGUAGCUUCUUUUGGGCUGAGAUCUUUCUUUAACCUGUGAUAUAUUCAUAUUACUCAUUUAUAUAUAAAAUAACAAACAAAAGGAAAGAGAACAAAAAAAACUUGAACAAACAUACUGAGGAGCCGAUUAAUUUCCUACUUUAAUGUAUCUAUUGUAAGUUAAGAUCUGGAUUUAUUUCUCUAGUUUACUUAUUUUCUACUUUAAUAACAACUCAAUGCCAAAACAUUUCUAUGCUUGCUUCCUGGCAUAAUAUGUAUUAAAUCAACCUUGUUAAUAAAUCACGUGCCACAUCUUGUCCUAUACAUAAAAACCACCUCUUUUUAACAUCCUGUUGUACAUUUAACACAUAAAUGGCCGUUGUCUUUGUCUCAGUAAAGUGUAGGUGGACAAUCUUCCCGUGAUAUGUAGUGACAUUGGUCAUGUAGCUAGAUAAUUGUGGUAAUUGUGACAAUAAAAGAGAAAUAAAUUAUUGAUUAUCCUUAAGAAAGUUAUCAAUGAGUGUUUUAUUUUCAUUGUCUGCUGUGGUUACCAGAUAUAAAUUAGUUAUAUAUGUAUACUAUUUAGAAGACUCUCAGUUGUGGAUUAUAAAAUGUGUAC